CGGGAAAUGAGCAGCUAGCGUCCACCAGUCUCCGGUCACCGCAGCCACACGCUCUUCCUCCUCCGGCGUUUCUUGCCCCCAAGCAACCACCACCGGAAAUCUCUUCCCACUUUGUCCGCUUCCCGCCGCGCGUGAGGCCUCCACGCAUCCCCCACUCCACCCUCGCCGGAUUCUUUUCCUUGCACGCCCCCUCCCUCCCCACCUCGCGCUAUCCUCCACCACCACCAGUAGAGGCCCGUACGAGUGGAGUAGUGGUGGCCGUGGGAGAGCACGCGCCGGCGGCUGCGUACAGAGUAAGAAAGUGGCUAUCGUCCAUGCCCCCCGCCGCCGCCGCCGCCCCGGUGGCCCCCGGGAACCGGCGCCUCGGCCGGCCGCGGGCGCCGAGGGUCGGGCUGCGCGUCUGUGCGGCGGCGGCGGCGGGGGCGGGGGAGGGGCCGUCGUGCCUCUACGUCGGGCCCAUCGAGACCGCCAGCCAGGAGAUGCUCGAGGCGCUCUACCGCCAGGCCAGGGAUUCCUACUACAGCGGCCAGCCUCUGAUUGUGGACGACAUGUUCGACAAAGUUGAGCUCAAGCUCCGGGUCUACGGCUCCCCGUCGGUCGUAAAAUACCCCCGCUGCAGCCUCAAGCGGCAGUCGGCGUAUGCAGACGCCGAGGAGGACCACUCGAUGUUUAUGGCACUGUCGAGCAUCUGGACGCUGCUGCUCCUAUUUGGUACCUCGGCGUUCCUGGUUCCGAGCUUCUACACUCUGAGCCUGGCGUUCGGGGACGCAUUCGGAGCAAGGUCUCUCUUCUCCGGUGCUAAGUCGCUUGACGGGAUAACGAGGGUGAACCACAUGGUUUUGAUCGGAUUAGGCUAUCUGAUUGGCUAUCCGGUUGCAUCCGCGUCAGUUGGUGCACUGCAAGGCCUGCUGACAAACAAUGUGGUUGCACUAAAAGGAUCUUGCCCAAAUUGUGGUGAGCAGGUCUUUGCAUUCGUGAAGACGGAUAAAUCCAUUAAAGCACCCCACAAGGCAGAAUGCCAUGUCUGCGAGUGCCCACUGGAGUACCGUACUAAAGUCGAGAGAUCUCUUUCUGGACCUAGAAGAAGUUGGGUUUAUGGCCGGGUUUAUAUGGUGAAGCAAGGACAUCCUAGGAAAAGGAGAUGGAUAAAAGACUAGAAACCCAGUGGUAGCUGUUGAAGAGAUCCACAUCUAGUGUGUUGUUAUUGGCUGAAUGAAAGCCUGGAACUACUUCCUGAAGUUCUUGUUGCUCUGUAGUGCAUACUGCAAUUGUCGAAUGAUCAAACCAAGCAUUUGUAAAGCAGUCCAUUCUUUCUCGAGAUAUCCAAACUCUGCAGAUGAUAAAAUUAUUGACCUGUUA